UGCUCGAAUAGUAAACACUUUUUACUUUAUACAUGAAUAACUUUUUCCAUGUACACACUUGAUACUCAGUUUACAUUUUGUUGACAGAUGUUCUACUAUUUGGAGUGGUAAUUCUGUACACUCCUCCUAUAAAAACAUAAUGCCAGUGUUUCAUGUUUUUUUAUCACUAGAGAAAAUGGAUGAAGUAAGGAUGCAUCGGCAAUACAGAAUUGAAUUGAGAAGGAGAGAGCAAGCUCGGGAAGCACUGUUGAGGGGAGGAGUACUGCCGCCGCCAGCAGUUGGAUCAAGUUGUGUAAAAGGAGAAAGGCCUUCAAUGGAAGACGAGAUUUCAAUUCACCCUAAUUUUUGCUCUCCGCCCAUCAAUGGCGGUCGACCCAUUCAUUUCUAUGCCGUCUUUGAUGGUCAUGGUGGUCCCCAGGUGUCUGCGCUGUGCAGGGAAAAAAUGCACUUGAUUAUAGAAGAAGAACUGAUGCGCCCAGAGAACAAUACAAACAUGACGAGUAGUAGCUCCAGUUCAUAUAGGAGAGAAGAACGAGAUAUGGAGGCGACAUGGAUAAGAAUUCUGCAAAGAAGUUUCCAGCGUAUGGAUAAAAUGAUAUGCUUCAACUGUGACUGUCCUACUUUAACCUACAGCUAUUUGUGCCCACCAAAUCACGACUUGCGUCAGAUUGGCUCCACCGCAAUCAUAGCAAUUGUAACAGAUCAUGCCAUUGUCAUUGCUAACUGUGGUGAUUCCCGCGCUGUUAUGAGCAGCGCUGGAAAUACUAUCCCUCUCUCCUUCGAUCACAAGCCAAGUAGGAGGGAUGAACUGGCGAGAAUAAGGGCUGCGGGAGGAGAACUAGUUUAUUCUAAUGGAUUACGGGUUCAAGGUGUUCUAACCAUGUCCCGGGCAAUAGGAGACAGUUUCUUGAAGCCAUAUAUCAUAUCAGACCCUGAGUUUACCUUCGUAAACAGGAAGGUAAAUGAUGAGUGUUUAAUACUUGCUAGCGAUGGGUUAUGGGACGUCGUAUCCAAUGAAACAGCAUCUCAAAUAGCUACAGUGUGUGUCCAAGGAGAAGCAAUAUUCUUUUCGCCAAGUGAAUCAGCAGCAUCAUUGCUUACUCGGAUUGCUACUGGGAGGAAUAGCACUGAUAAUGUAAGUGUUAUUGUAGUUGAUUUUACAAGAAAUUAAGGAGGAGAAAUUUGGAUCAUAUAUUAAGAAACAGUGUAUCUAGUUUAUUAUGGUUAUGUAAAACUGCUACUUGUUUUUUUUCACCAUGCAAAAACGCUGCAGGCGUAGCAAUAUUCUAAAAAAAAUUGGACAAAAUCGCUAUACAUAGCGAUUUUACCCUUUUGGUUAGAAAAUAUUUUGAUGUAUCCUUUUGAAAUUUUUGUCAAUUUUUUUUUGCCCUUUUAGGCUCUGGACUCUGCUAUAUGUUUGUUGGAUUUUUCUCAUGUUUGAAGUUUGGAAAUUUUAAAUAUAUGGAAUCUUCGAAUUAAUGUAUA